AUGAAGGCCCUCAUUCUCGUCGGUGGCUUCGGCACCAGACUGCGACCUCUCACCCUCACCCUCCCCAAGCCUCUGGUCGAGUUUGCCAACCGACCCAUGAUCGAACAUCAAGUUGAGGCUCUGGCUGCUGCCGGUGUUACAGACAUUGUCCUGGCCGUAAACUACAGACCCGAUGUCAUGAUCAGUGCCCUGAAAAAGUACGAGGACAUGUACGACGUCAAGAUCUCCUUCUCUGUCGAGGCCGAGCCUCUGGGCACCGCUGGUCCCUUGAAGCUGGCGGAAAAGAUCUUGGGCAAGGACGAGUCCAAUUUCUUUGUGCUGAAUUCAGACGUUAUCUGCAACUACCCCUUCAAGGAGCUGGCUGCUUUCCACGAAAAGCACGGAAACGAGGGCACAAUCGUCGUCACAAAAGUCGAGGAGCCCAGUAAAUAUGGUGUCAUUGUCCACACACCCAACCACCCCUCUCGCAUCGACCGCUUCGUCGAGAAACCCGUCGAGUUCGUGGGCAACCGCAUCAACGCCGGUAUCUACAUCUUCAAGCCCUCCAUCCUCAAGAGAAUCGAACUCCGACCCACUUCGAUCGAACAAGAGACUUUCCCUGCCAUGACAAAAGACGGCGAACUGCACUCAUUCGAUCUGGAGGGCUUCUGGAUGGAUGUCGGGCAGCCCAAGGACUUCUUGAGCGGCACCUGCUUGUACCUGGCUUCGCUGGCCAAGAACCAACCGAAGAAGCUUGCUUCCGCAUCUGAGUCAUACGUCUAUGGUGGCAAUGUCAUGGUCGAUCCGACAGCCAAGAUCGGCAAGAACUGCCGCAUUGGCCCUAAUGUGGUCAUUGGACCUGGCUGCGUGAUUGGUGAUGGUGUCCGGUUACAAAGAUGUGUGCUGUUGGAGGACAGCAAGGUCAAAGACCAUGCUUGGGUCAAGUCAACCAUUGUCGGCUGGAGAUCAUCUGUCGGCCGCUGGGCUCGUCUGGAAAACGUCACAGUCCUUGGUGACGAUGUUUCAAUAGGUGACGAAAUCUACGUCAACGGUGGAAGCGUGCUGCCUCACAAGAGCAUCAAGGCCAACGUUGAAGUGCCGUCGAUCAUCAUGUAA